UUUCUGCUCUUUCUACUGCAAAGACUCCAAAUAUUCCUGAAGAAUAUCCGCCUAAAGAUAGCUAUAAAAAUAACAGACAGCUUAAUAUAAUCGCUAGCAUAAUUUUGGUUUGCAAACAUUUGGUUUUAUUCUGGAAACAAAUUGGAUAUUAUUAG